CGGGGUUUGGAGCCGGUCCAGCCAGCCAGCUCGGUCGGCUUCGUUGGAAACGUGCAUCCCUCUUCCGCCUCUCGCCCCUGCAUCUGGCCUUGGCCAUCCCCGACACCAUCGGUCUGCAGCCCCCAUCACACACAGCAUCCAGACUCGGCGCUUUCCUGCAGCUGCGCCGAUCGAUCGAUCUCCAACAUCGCCGGCCUGAUCAGCAUGGACGACUCAGCAGGCAUCAUAUACAACAAGCAGGUGCCCAUCACCGUCAAGUCCUCGUCGACGCAGCCGGCCCCACUCGGCUCGCCGUCGUCGCUGUCGACUGGAGCGUCAUCCGCAUCUGGGGCUCUCCAAGAGCGGCGACACAGCGGCAUCACCGUGCAGAUCAGAAUGGCUCACAAGCAGGGUGGAAGGCUAAAGGUCCUGCAGUUCCGGAUCACCGACGAAGCCGACCCGUACUUUCUGUACCAACUCGAUAUUGCGGAAGACGAUUUCCACAUUCUGAAAACGGAGCAGAAUCUGUUGGUUGACUUUCAGCAGUUUCCCGAAAAGGUCACCGAGCUCCUGGACCUGUGCAUUCUCUGUCGGUCGGACGAUCAUCCAAAGUACCUGGCCUUUUUGACAACCUCCAGCCCCCGCACAACAACCUUCAGCAUCAUCGAGACCAACACAUUCAAGCACAUCAGCCAUAUUGCGCUGGCGUUCAUUCCCGGCAACGAUGUUGCAAUCAAAGAGUAUUUGGCUGGACUUGUGGUGGACUUCAAGGCGGAAAACGCCAUGCUGAAGAGUGAGCUCGAUACAACAGGCACAUCGCUAUCGACCCGGCUGCGAGACCUCGAGACGAGUCUUGCCAGGAAGAGCACCGAGAUCGAAUCGCUCAAAUUGAUCCAUGCAAACCAGAUCAGUGAUCUGAGUCUGAGGCACUCGGAGGAGAUGGCCAAGGAGCGAGAGCAGGCCUACAAGGAAAAAGAGGAAGUCCGAAGGCAGCUCGAGCAACAGAAGCGUGACGCCGAUGCGCUUCAUAUCGACGAGCUCAAUGCCCUGACGCUUAAAUACAAUACCCUUACAGCAACACACAGCCAUCUACUAUCCCACAACAAGACCCUUGAGCAAAACCUGGGCAAUCUGACCCGCGAGAGCGAUGCAGCCAACAGGAGACUGAAUGAGACCCAAAUCGAGCUGGAAAAAACGAGGCAGAUCUGCGAAAGCCAAGACCUCCGCAACCAAGAGCUCGAGCAGCAGUGUGAGAUGCUGCGAUCCCAGCUGUCCAACAGCGAGCGUCGCGAGCGCGAAAGAGACGAGGCCGCUCGCCGCUUGGAGAGCCUGCUUGAAAGCUCGAAGGGCCAGCUGGAGAAACGCGAUGCAGCCUUGGAUAUAUACAAGGUCCAGAACGACCGGCUGCAAGAGAACUUUGGCAAAGCUACGGAGGAGAUUAACAAGGGCAACGAAAUCAUCCGAAGACUCCAGGGGGAUCUCAAGACAGCCAAGAACAAGAUCAAGCUCAAGAACGCCGUGACAGUGCAGCAGGAGCAGCUCUUGGACGAGCGGCUGGCCUCGCUGGAAAAGCUGCAGCGGGAGCACACUGAGCUCAAAGGCCGGUGCGAGCAGCAGACCCGGUCCCUUGCCGAACUUCAGAAGAAGCUAGAGGAGCGCGAGGCCAAGAUCGAGCAGGAUCGCCAAACAAUCGAAGACAAUAAUCACGUGAUUGAGUGGCUUCACAAGCAGCUGAACGAAGAGGCCCUUGGUCGACCACUCGGUAGCCAACUGCUGCCACGCACAGGCACAGAUGCAGGCUUUGGACAGAUCGACUUUGAUCGAUUUGCGUCGUCAUUGACCCCUGGUCCCUCGAAGGGGCUCUCGGAAGCCGUGGGCGUGGCCAAUUAUCGAUCCAAAUACGCACCGGCGGCUACUGGUACGCUGUCCGGCGUCGCUGCGUCUUCGACACUGGGCCAACGCUUUUCUCACCCCAGUGUCGCUGCCAGCACCAAGGCCGGAGGUAUCUCGGAAGAAACCACAGGGGAGCCCGCGAACAAGCCCUACACAUCCCUGAAGUACACGUCAAGUUUGCCGCUGCGACGACCAGUGCCCGGUGUGCCAACAGAGGCCGACCCAGGGUCGCUUCGUUUUGGUGCAGGCGGCGGAUUGAUUGGCAGUCGCAAGCCCUCGUAUCGCACAGGGGCCGAGAACUCGUCGGCAUAGUGCGCUACACGCUAGAAAUAGGAUCAUUCACAUCCAUCGAAUAAGGCUUCUGCUCGCUCGCCCUUGUCGAGAGAGCGGGAACAUCUUCCCACACGGAUAACUUGCGUGGGUUGUGGGUUGUGGGUUGUGGGUUGUGUGCAUCAGGCGGCACCCGAACUCCAUGAAAUCCACUCGCCGAGGUCUUGCGUCGAUUUUGUUCUUUGCUCUGCGUCAUUCUCCCUCAUCCCAGGUGCUCUGGCCUGCAGUGACUGCAUCUGCGGCGGCUCGCUGGUCCCCGUCGUGCCCGCCCAUUCCAUGCAUCUCUCUCACACAGGGAAAUGAUUAGAUCCACUUGUGAUAUGAUCCGACUUCGCCGUGUUUGCU